GACGUAAGAAUGUAGAUCAAUAGUCAAAUAGCCAAAGCAGAAUGGAAACGUGAACUAAAUUAGGUCUGACUGAGCCCUGAAGAAGCAACAGAAAGAUUGACAGUGAUGCGUAAGUGGCUCUGGGAUUUGUGCUAAGUAUGGGCUCUGUGGAAGGAAGCUGAAAUCAAAGCAUCAGAGCAUAAUAAAAAUCCAUGAUAGAUUGCGUGGCUUGGCAUCUAAACAUACACCACAGCGUUGAAGAGGGGACGGUGAAAGCCAGGGCAGGUGCACAUAUUAUCAGGGGCUGAACAAGAAUACGAUAACUUCAUUUUUGUCUUAGCCUCAUUUUGAUCUCUGUCGCCUGUGCAUGAAGCAAGUGCCUUUAAGGGAACCUUAAAAUAACAGCUCUGCCAGGGAGAUCUGAUGAAUGUAACAGGUGCAGAGAUUAUUUCCAGGCCAUGUGUGUGCGUCUGUGUGUAACAGCAAGAGGGGGAGAGAGAAAGCAGAAAGGGGGAGAGCACACUGAUGUCCCUGCUGCGUUUCUCUCUAGCCUGUGAAACUUACAGCAGAUUGCCUUUCAGCGACCUAAUUUCUAAAGAAAAAGACCAGGAAGAUCGGAGAAGGGAAGAAGAAGAGGGUGUCAACUAAAAGGGCUAUUUUAAUUCAAUUCUCGCUGCUGAAGGAAGAAGCUUCACUAUCCAAAUGAUGUGGCCUAAUUUUUUCGUGCAAGAGGAGGAGCAGCGCUUUUCUGGAAGGGGUAGAGGACAGCGUGGAAAAGGCUUGACUGAUGCACAAGAGGGCAAGAUCAAGCUGGCCUUUUUUGUGGCCCUGAUAGGGGUGACACUUUCUGUGCUGGCCGUCGGGACAGAGUUCUGGGUGGAGGUGAACACAUAUAAGCAGAACAACAGCAUGACCUGUGAGGCAGCCCAUUUUGGGCUAUGGAAGUUCUGCUACAAAAAACUGUGGAUUGGAGAUGUGGAUGUAUACCGAGCCACCUGUGGCCCCGCGGAGCUGCCUGGAGGUAUAGUGCUUCUGUUUUAUGUUGUGCUUGUAGUGCUGGCACUGAACACAACUUGCUCUAGGGCAUAG